CAUUGUUGGUGUGAACAAGCCCAGCUUUUUAACUUCUUGUUCUUAUUUAAAUCCAUGCAAGUUCAUAUCAGAGCAGUAACAACCUCACACAGUAAGAGUAAUGGCCUGUGCAAGAAUCCUCUAUGUUACUGUUAUACUAGUUUCAAUGGCACUGGACAACUUAGCACGACGGAUCCCUUUAUUGCCACCGUGUGAUUUUCCAGCAAUUUACAAUUUUGGCGACUCAAACUCGGAUACUGGUGGGAUAUCAGCAGCAUUUGGGCGGAUUCCUCCACCAUAUGGCCAAAGUUUCUUUCCAAGGCCUGCAGGAAGAGCAUCAGAUGGCCGUCUCAUAAUAGACUUCAUCGCUGAGCACUUGGGCCUGCCGUAUUUGAGUUCUUACCUAGAUUCGAUAGGCACAAACUUUCGACAUGGUGCCAACUUCGCUGCUGGUGGAUCAGCCAUCCGUAGGCAGAACGAGGCAAUAUUUGAAAGUGGCAUAAGUCCGUUCUCACUCGACAUCCAAAUUGUGCAUUUUGAUGGGUUCAAAGUGCGAAACACUGAGAUAUAUCACAGAGCUAGGAAUCUAUCCGACAGAAGACAAGGUCCUCAACCUCAAGAAUUCUCCAGGGCUCUAUACACAUUUGACAUCGGUCAGAACGACCUUGUUGCUGGUUUCAGGCAGCUUAGUACACCUCAACUAAGGGCUGCAAUACCAGAUAUCGUUAAUCAACUUGCUGCAGCAGUUACACAUUUAUAUCAACAAGGGGCAAGGGCUUUCUGGAUUCAUAAUACAGGGCCAGUUGGAUGUCUACCUGCAGCCACUCUUUACAUCAGAAAGGCAAAGACCGACAAACAUGGAUGCAACAAGGAUCAAAAUGGUAUGGCUCUUGAGUUCAACAGACAGCUUAAGGCUAGAGUGUCAAAAUUGAGGGCAGAGCUUCCUCAGGCUGCCCUGGUUUACGUGGACGUCUACUCAGCUAAAUAUCACUUAAUCAGCAAUACCAAAACUUAUGGAUUCAUGGACCCCUUGAAGAUAUGCUGUGGCCAUCAUGAUAGUAACAUCCAUGUCUGGUGUGGGCAGAGAACAUCAGUUAACGGCUCAGAAGUCCUAGGAGUCUCCUGUGGAUCUCCUGACUCAUACAUCAGCUGGGACGGCAUACACUACUCGCAGGCUGCAAACCAGUGGAUUGCCAAUCACAUACUCAACGGCUCAUUUUCUGAUCCCCCAUUAACACCUAUUACUCAAGCAUGUCUCAAGCAUUGAGCACGUCCUAGGAGACAGUCCAAAAACAUCGGCUACCAUCUGUUUCUCAACUUGUAAGAUCAUAGGCCUAGCUUGAUCGACUGUGUAAUGAAUCAGACAUGCUUAUCAGGGUUGCUCCUGAACCCUGAAAUUCACCUGUUUUGAAAUUUCAAUUAGUAUUGAUAUAUUGUCUAGUUUGUCCUCCAAGUAAGCACUACUGUGACCUUGUUCUUGUCGAUGUCAACCUUUUAGGUAAGAAUAAACAACUGAGUUAUGUA